AUGUCUACCCACGAUGAUCUGCUCACUGACGAGUACGUUGCCGAGCUCCUGGCCAAGGAUGCGAAGGACUGCUCGCUGAAAUUCUCCGCCAUGGGCAUGGAGGCCUUCAACCCGACCAAGAAGCCCACCAAUAUGCCCAAGCCCAACACGAGAUUCCUGCGACACAUCAUCAAGAAUACGGAUUCGCACAACAGCCGGCUCCUGGAGAAGGAGGCCGCAGAGUCGCGGGCGCGGCUGGAAAGUCUGGAGAACGCCGAGGAGGCCAGGCGCCUCAGGACGAAUCCCAACACCCGAGACAUCCGACGCCGCCAGAUGGGCGACAUCCAUGCCAUUCUGGGAGGCAAGAAGAGGAAGACGGAAUCGGACGACGACAAGGGUGCCAAGGGAGACGGCGGCAGUAGCAGCAGCUCCAGGCGGCGUGUCAGGGACGACGCCGAGCGAUGUUCAUCACCGUCAGGCAAGGACCGGGAUCUGUUCAGCCAUCGCAGCGACAGCACCCGCAACCAUCACGGCCGCCUAGCAGGCGACGAUGACGGGGAGGAAGAGAGCCGUAGGAGACGGCACCGCCACCACCGUCCCCGCCGGCACGACGACGGCCAGAGGUCGUCCAGGCGACGAGUCGGCUCGGACGACGAGGAUCCGGACGACGACCACGCGAGGCGGAGGAGCAGGAAGAGGCGACAUAGCCGACGCGACGGCGACAGGUCACGAUCGCGAUCUCCCGACCGUCGACAGAGAGAUCCCCCCGCUCACGAAUCGACGACAAAACACCGCCACCACCGACACAGGUCGCCCGCAUCAAGGAGCAGCGGGAGAUCCUCCCGUCCCACCCGAGACGUCCAAAAGGAGGCGGGCAGGAACGAUGACGACUCGGAUCCACUCGAAGACCUCGUGGGACCGAUGCCAGCCCCCAAGCCGCGGGGUCGCGGUGCUCUGGCAGGCUCAUCAGGUAUAGACCGCCGAUUCUCCGACACGUACGAUCCCAGAGCCGACAUCCGGAUGGAUGAUGACGAUGACAACAAUAACAGCAACAAUACCAACCGGUAUCAUGUCAAUAGUCACACUACGACUACGAAUGGCAACAAAAACUACAACAACAACGACGACGACUGGGACGAUGCGGUCGAGAUAUUCAGGGACCAGCAGAAGUUGAGACAGAAUCAAACCCAACGGUUCAAAUCUGCGGGUUUCACAGACGAGGACAUCCAAAAGAUGCAGCAGCAGCAGGCAGCGGACAACCGACCUGAGGAGGAUCUAGGAUCGGUCACCUGGUCCAAGGCUGGGGAGAAGAGGGAAUGGGACAAGGAUAAGAUCGGACCGGAGUGA